AUGGCCCUGCGCGCUGCGGCUCCGGACGCCAUCUUGGCCUCAGCUGCCAAAGCACCUUCCCCUCUCUCUGUGCUCCAGCUGCGCGCUGUGCUCCUCCUUACUCCUACGGGAUACCUAACCCCCUCUCCACUGGAGCUUUGCUCUUUCCAAGAAGUGAAUUUCUUCAUGGGAUAUGACUUGUUGCAAAAUAAUCGGGGGGCCCCAGUCAAGGAAUACUUUUCGUAUUCCAUAAUAGGAUUGGUUCUGGAAGAAUCUUUGAAAAAAAAAUACGUUCAAGACAUUGGGGCUUGGAAUAGAACAGAAGCAUCUCAAAAGCAUGUUUUUCUGGUUAAGGAAAGCACACUAGAACGUUUCACAGCGGUGCUCUGCUAUCUUCUCUGUACCCCUCCGCCCUGCGCUCAUGGGAGAGCUCAUUUCUCUCCCCAUCAGACACUGGGAAAUACUCCCAAGGCUCUGGCGGUCUCAAGGCUGCAAUUCCUGAGACCGGGGACUCUGUGCUGCCAUCUCGUGGCAGAUCUCAGACACAGCAAGCUGGCUGCCGGAAUCCUGUUUGAACUUGGCUUGCGGCGGGAGCUGUGGUUUGGCUCAAAUCCUUAUAGAGCUUUGUUGCCAGUCAUGUUGAUUUUUAAAAAAUGUUUUACUCCCUAUGCCCCCCUUUUAGUUUUUCAUGUUGGCACUUCAUUUAAUGUGCCUCCAGAGGCUACAUUUUGGGUUUUGAUGUGUUUGGUCAAUGUUAAAGAAUCGGUUAACUAUCUUCCUGAAAGAAGGCAGUAAUGCAGACAGACGCCUUUGACAACAGGUAGACCACUGGCUGGCAACCCUAGAAAGAGGGACACACGGGAGACUAAGAAUGAAAGAUGCAG